AUGCGUAACGCUACAAUAUGGACGGACGGAAGCAAAAUUUUAUUCGAAAACUUUGGAGCAUCUUACUCCACUGCUGGCUGUCCACUUUUACGAAAGGAUGGAAGCUGGGAGAUAAAAAAUUGUAGUGAACCAAGAACUGUUCUCUGCAAAAGAGGUAAUUGAUGACUGCAAGUGUAGCACACAUGUAGUAACUUUAUUCAUGUUGGAUAGUUCUAUCAGUUCUAAAUUGUUCGGGCGUUUGGAAAUGUUUUCGGAAUAUAUAGUUGCCUUUUUCACUAUUACAUUGGAUAUUUCUUGUUUUUAAAUUUAUUUCCCCAUCUUUUUGCCCAACUGACGUUUAUAAUUUGUCCGACCUCAUUUUCAUUGGGAAAGUCAAAGCUGGGCUAGUUUAACCAUAGGUUAACCUAAAAUUCAAAGCAAACUUCCUGACAACUUGUCUAUAAAUUUGGAAAUGUUUCUUCAGAGAUCUUGUCUAGAUCCAUUGGAAUUUACUUCUCUGAAGUUUUGAAAUAAACAGACUUGCAGAAAUACAUAAUCUAAAACAGCAGGUUAAAUUUGAACCUGGAGCACCAGAAGACUACCUGAGCCAUCGUAUGCUCAGUUGAGGAACUCAGAAAUAUUUAUCUAUCCACUAAUAAUAUACUGAUGAUUUUAUUCACGUAUGUAUUCACUGAUUUUCUUUUUUCAGGAAAAUCGUGUUUUAAAGGACAGUGUUAUAUUUAUAAUGCGGAGGAAAUGGAUUAUACGGCUGCGCAGAAUUACUGCCGUAAUUUGGGCUAUGAUCUUGUGAAAAUAUCUUCUGAAAAGGAACAAAACGUUCUGAAGGAAUUCAUCCAUGCUUCCACACCAGACAGCUCAUAUCCUGAUCGUGUGUUGUUGG